AUGUAUGUAUGUAACAAUAAAACCUAUCAACAACUUUGAACUUUGUAAUGAAAGAAAGCAAUAAAGGAAUCAAACUCCAUCUUCCUAAUUAAUUAACAUUCCCAACAGGUUAUGGGCCCAGAUAGUUUCUGGUGAUAGUGGAGUUUUUUUGGUAAUACACGUAUUUGUUAAACACACAUCUGAGCAUGGCUAACUCAAUGGAAAAAUACGGCAUUUUUCAAUUCGAUGGGAAGAACUUUGACAAUUGGAAGUUACGAAUGGAGAAAAUUCUUGAUCAACAAGAGGUGAAAGAAUGUAUAGAAAGUGAGCCAGACACACCCUCAGAAAAAUUCACAAAGAAUGACAAAAAGUGUAAAUCAAUAAUUUUCCAGUGUGUCUCGAAUACCCAUCUUGAGUACAUCAAGGAAAAACCUACUUCUUACCAAAUGUGGACUGCCCUGAAUAAAGUUUUCCAAAAAAAGGCUGGGCCAUCUAAACAUGUCUAUGAAAUGGAAAAUGUGAUGGCAUGUUCAAGUGACUCAUACGCGCCGGAAUGUCCAUGCAAGAAUCUCAAGUUCACCAAAAUAAAUAAGACCACAAAGAGUUUGAGUUUUGAUCUAGAGCUCAAGAGACCCUUUGAUAAGACCGUUGGGGGUAUACUGGAACUGGAAAAAUGGACUCCUGAAGGAUGGCGAAAACUACCCUUCAUACCAAUGAUACCUGAUGCAUGUAGACUAUUUCUGAGAUAUUAUAAAGAUAUAUGGAGCAAUUUUAUGCGGGCUUUAGGAGUGAAACAUCCCGAUAGAUGUCCAAUACCUGCUGGCAAUUAUAGCAUGAAACAACACGUGUUUUCAUAUGGCGGCGCAAUCACAAACUCGUUUCCUUUUAAAGGAAGAUGUAGACUGAGAUCGCUCAUGGUAGACUUGAAAACCAAAAGUGUCAUAACAUGUUUAGAAAUGAUGGGGAAUCAAGACAUACUCGUGGAGUGAUUUUUCUUAUUUAUAAAUGAUUGAA